GGGUUAGAUCGAAACAAAGAAGCCACGCAAGGCAAGGGUUUUCAUCUUUUCCACAACAGUCGAACGGCGAACGUUCGCAAGAGACGCAACACAAAGUUGAACGAGGAAUAGGCGUGUAGGGAAACCGUUUCAUUUUCAAGCGCGUGACUUUCAAAUCCAAUCUUCCAUACCAAUGGCCUUCAGCAACGCUCUCAGAUCUGCCGCGAAGCUUGUCGCUUCUUCCGAAUCCUCCCUCUCUAACUCAGUGAGCAGAGGUUUUCAUUCAACUGGCAUGAAGAGGAUGGGAGGUGGACAUGGCCAUGAUGAGCCCUAUUAUCUUCAUGCAAAGCACAUGUACAACUUGGACAGGAUGAAGCACCAGGGGUUGAAAAUGUCCCUUGCUGUAUUCACUGCUUUCAGCAUUGGGGUUGCAGUUCCAGUGUAUGCUGUCAUUUUCCAGCAAAAGAAGACAGCUUCUAGCUAGGCUCGUCUUUUUACUUCCAUUUGCAACAAUAAGGUGGAUUUGGGGAUCCUAGACUAGCCUAUGGAUUUUGCUGUUCAUUAUUGCUUUGGACUUUAUGUUCAACCUUCUAUAUGGAUUUUCCAAAUAUAUCUGAUAAUAAUCAAUUUCUCUGCACGAUCAAAUACUCGUGCUUGGACACUC